GAAGCUGUGGACGAUCGUCAACAGCAGUCGCUUUGCGUCCAUUUGGUGGAAUGAGGACGGGACUUGCAUAGGCAUCAACAGGCCGCUGUUUCAAAAGGAGGUUUUGGACAGGGACGGCCUAGACAAGGUGUUCAAGACAGAAUGUAUGAAGAGCUUCAUCCGCCAGCUUAACCGCUACGGAUUCAGCAAAGUGCACCAGGACAUGCACACGUCCCUCUGCGUGACCAACCUGUCCACGAAGGAGCGGCCCGCCCACGUCCUGAGCGAGAGAGACUGCCCGCACCUCCUGGUGAGGAUGCAGCCGAGAGUGCACACUAAACCAGCAUCCGGGCAGGUGGACGGCGAGCCGGCAGCCCCGGGGCACCGCCCGGCGCCCAGCGCCGCGGAGCCGCAGCACGGCCUCCCACCGUAUCCUGAGCACAUCCAGGGGACCCCGAGCUACCCGCAACUCGACCAUGCCUCCGCCCUGGCCAGGACUGACUCUGUCGCUCGGGCCCCUCCUCAGACAGCAGCCGAGCCCCCCGCGCCGCAUCCCAGCGCGCAGGUUCUGGUCCCUCUAGUCCCUGUCCUGGCAGAGGUGGCCCAGCCAGCCGAGGUCCCCUGGCUCUGCUGCGCCUGGCCUCCCGCCCAGAUGAGUCCUCCCUGGCCCGUGCCGGGCCUGGCCGCCGCGCCCCCGCAAGUCCUCAGCCUGCCCCCCCACGCAGCUCCCGGGGUCUGCGCUUUUGCCUCUUGCGCACCCUGGAUGCCUGAGGUGGCCGCCAGGCCUGCCGCCUCCCUGACCUUGAUCCAUCGGCCGCUGAGCCACUUCUACCAUCGCUGCGUGGGCUCCCGCUCUUUCCUGGAAUACCCGGCCCCUCCAGGCAGGCCCACAGAGGACCCUGACCAGGCAGACCCUGCAGACACACGGAGGUGGUGA